AUGGACUCUUAUGGUCCUUCGAUACUGGCAACAACAAUUCUUUUCCUCGUUCUCGGUGUUAUUGUUGUCUCACUCCGUUAUUAUACUCGAGUUAUCAUUCGAAAAACCAUUGGGCAUGAUGAUUUUCUCAUUCUCUUCGCUCUGGGCCUCUACAUCGUGAUGGCAUCACUACUCUUCGUCGGCGUUCAACGAGGCAUUGGCCAACAUAAGAAAGGAAUGGACACAGAUGACAUUGUUGAAAGCUCAAAGGUUUACGUCUGGCUCACAAUCUUAAUUUACAUCAAUGCUGUUACCGCGGUCAAAGCUUCCUAUGCCACAUGUCUCCUUCGUCUCACUGAAGCCAGCCCUUGUGCAUACGCUCUUUGGGCCGGGCUAGCAAUCAAUGUCAUCAUCUGCUUUAUAGCAAGCUUCUACUUGAUCUUUAAUUGCCAGCCAAUCUCAUACGCUUGGACGCAGGGCGAUUCGACUGUGGAUGGAUAUUGUAAUUACGACUCAGCGGAUGCUCUAGGAUACGCAUGGGCUGGACUAUCUAUCGCAUUAUACCUCCUCUUUACCCUUAUUCCAGUCGCACUUGUUUGGGAUAUGCAAAUGCACAUAAAAACAAAGACCUUCGUCGUCACAGUCCUAGGAUUGGGAUUAUUCGCAGGUGUUGCUUGUGCCGUCCGGAUUGGAGUGUUUGCCGUGGAUUUAGACUAUACGGAUCCACUCUAUUCAAUAUCGCCGAUGCUCAUCUGGUCCGUCGUGGAAGCUGGCUUAGGAAUCGUAGCAAGCUGUAUCGCAACUUUGCGACCCCUCCUUCGACACUACAACAUUCAAGGCUUGGAUGAGACCGAACCUGACGGCGAGGCCGCACAAGAACACGGUCAUCGAGUCCACAAAAUGUCGACCGUAUCCCAAAUUUUGAACAAGUUCACGGGUCAUGGUGCACAUACCGUUACAGUGGUCCACCAAGGAAGCCAAGCUACAAUCCCUAUGAUUGGUCAAAUCAAGGAGAGGAAGACAUAUCAUAUUGCUACUCUCCAGAGAAGUUCAGCGGACAUGCAACAUGAUCGAGAAAUGCAAGGAACUGCCGGCAAAGUUCCUGAGCCGGAUGAUGUAAAUACUGGUGGCUGGUAA